GUGACGCCGCAGCCGAAGCCGCCCGCGAAGCUGUUCCCAGGCGCCCUGGACAGCCUGCAGCGCCUCAUCGAGUCGACUGCUGCGCGCGAGGGCAUGAGCACGACCGAGGCCGCACCUGCAAAUGAUGAGUCGGAGGAUCCGCGCGACACGAUGGGCGCCAGUGCCUGCAGCGACGGCUCGCGCAUGGAGGAUGAUGAGGUGGAGCCCAACGAGGGCGAUGGCGCCAUGGGCGAGACCGCUGAGUCGGCCUUAGCGCAGACCGCCCAGCCCAUCUUCGCGAAGGCGACGGUCGCGGCCACAGGCGAGGAGAUCAGCAAGGGCGACGGCAAAGGCAAGGAUGUCAACGCGGCAAUGCAGAGCGGCAGGGGCGACGGCAAAGGCAAGGAUGUCAGCGCGGCACCGCAGAGCGGCAAGGGCGGCGGCACAGGCAAGGAUGUCAACGUGGCAUUGCAGAACGGCAAGGGCGACGGCAAAUAUGGCAACGCCUAUCAUGUCGUGCCGCGCCCAUCUGCCGCUGGAGACUUGCCCGACACUGUGGUGAAGGCCAAUAACGGUGACGUUCAGUUGGCGCCAGAGGUGUUGAAGAAGUUGGAGGAUGAGGAGAAAGCGGAAUGGGUCAUGGUGAACUCCAACACGCACAGGAAUGACAAUAUGGUGUUCAGCAGGCAAACCAACGAGAAGAAGAAAAGGCCAAGCGAAGUUCCAGAGCACUUGAUCGACAAGCUCAAGAACAACAAGACUGAAUUGUUCCAUGCCUGGUGCAACAGCGACAAGGACUGGGGCAACGUCUCGGUGCACUACAAGCGCAUCAGGAUCCGAGAGAUUCGCAGCAAGAUGAAAUAUGGCUUCCGGCAUCGCGCCCAGCUCGCGACGACGCGCGGCGACGGGGAGCAGGGCGCUCAGCGGUCGGAGAAGGUGAUCGCAGACAAGUUGGCCAGGG